UAGGUGACCACAUGGGCGGACUGACCAUUUGGAAACUCGGGCACUGCCCGAGGGCCCGGGGUCAGUAGGGGGCCCCAUGAGAUGCCCCUGGUACCUUUUUCAUAAGCAUUUUUGAGUUUGGGCAAGUACACAGGGGCCCUAUGAUCCCCUAUUGCCCGGGAGCCCCAUGAGAUGUCAGUCCGCCCCUGGUACUGCCUCUCAGUGCCCUUUAGUGCUGCCUAUCAGUGCCCAUCAGUGCCGCCUAUCAGUGCCCAUCAGUGCUGCCUCAUCAACGCAC